AUGUCAAAAGCGACGCCUCCACCACCAGGAAUCUAUGUUCCUGCAGUCGUCUUCUUCACCGAGAAUGACGAGCUUGACAUUCCUUCUAUCAAAUCUCACGUACUUCGCCUUGCUAAGGGCGGAGUAACGGGAAUCCUAGUACAAGGAUCAAAUGGCGAGGCUCAACAUCUUUCUCACGAAGAGAGGAUUCUCGCUAUUCGGACGACUCGCGAGACGCUUAAUGAGAAUGGAUUUACGAGUGUUUUGGUUAUUGCUGGUACUGGUGCGCAGUCGACGCGCGAGACGAUUCAGCUGUGUAAGGAAGCGCAUGAAGCGGGAGCUUCGCAUGCGCUCGUGCUUACUCCGUCUACUUGGUUACCGCAAAUGACGAAAGAGAAUAUUAUUCUCUUUCAUCGUACGGUCGCAGAUGGAUCACCAAUCCCGACUAUGAUUUACAACUUCCCCGUCGUUACCGCAGGUAUAGACCUGGACUCAGACACGCUCACAACGCUUGCUGCUCAUCCAAACAUUGUCGGAACGAAACUGUCCUGCGGAAAUGUUGGCAAGCUCACUCGCCUCACUUCAACUUUCCCCGCGUCCGAGUUUGCCGUGUUCCCCGGGACGUCGGACGUAUUCGUUCCUUCGCUUCUUGUCGGAGGAGCAGGAGUUAUCGGUGCCAGCGUUAACAUCCUUCCGAAAGUGCACGCCGAAGUCUACAGGUUGUGGAAGGAGGGAAAGACAGACGAGGCGUUGAAGUUACAAUAUUUACUUGCUCAUGGUGAUUGGGCGGUGAAGAGAAUUGGUGGGAUCGCUGGACUGAAGGCUAUCAUUGUAAAGGAAUUCGGGUACGGAUCAGGUAGAGUGAGAGGUCCUCUUGUUCCUGUGUCAGCGGAAAAGGUGGAUGCUCUUCAGCAAACUAAGCUCCCAGAGUUAUUUGCACUGGAGAAGUCAUUGUAG